AUGUCCCGCCGCGCACCUCCCCGCGAUCGUUACGAGGAGAUAUACGAAAUGGAACGAGAGCGCGAAAGGGAGUACCGACCGCGCCGACGAGAUCGCGAAUACGAAGAUGACGUCGAAUAUCGGCGUCGACGCUCCGACCCACCGGUCGAGAAUUUCGAGCGUUUACAUCUGCGAGAGCGAGAGCGCCCCCGGCGAGAUUUCAUGGAAGAAAGCUUUGCGCCUCCGGUGGAGCGGGAUGAAAUGAUACUCAGGCGAUCCAAAGAAGAGACGGUUAUCUCGUCGCCCGAGCGACCCAUGCGUCGAAGCCAUGACGAAGCGUACCCACCACCGUCGGGGUCACGACGCCGACAUCGUCCCCGAGAAGUCGAAGAAGAAGAAGAACUUAUUGUCGAUGAGCGCGAGAGACGCCGUGGAAGCAGGAGAUAUCCCCGAGAUGUUGAAGAUGAUCUCAUCGUCGAGGAGAGAGAAGGACAUGGUGAUCGGAGCCAUCGACCAGAGCGAGAAGUCGAGGAGGAUCUCUUUGAUGAAGAAGAAAUGGGCCGUGAAGGGAGACGCCGUCCUGACCGCAUACCCGCAGAAGACUUCAUUGUCGAGGAAAGGGAGCGGCGUGGAGACCGGAGACGUCGCCCAAAACCAGAGUUUGAAGAAGAUGAUAUUCUUGUUGGGCGGGAGAGACGCCGAGGCAGCAGACGCCACCCACGAGAAAUUGAUGAAGGUCUUAUCAUCGAAGAGAGAGAAAGACGCAGAGAGCGGAGACCACCCCCAGACCGCGAGCUCGAGGAGGAUAUCCACAUUGAUGCAAGACAAUCGCUCAGGCCGAGCAGGCGCCAUCCAGAAAGACGUUCGGAAGACGAUCUGCUUUAUGAGACCGAGAAACGCAGAAGCAGACGCCGUCCAGAACGCAGGUCCGAGGACGAUCUCAUUGAGGAGAGAGAGAUACGCCGGUCAAGCAGGAGACACCCCGAACACAACCUUGAAGAAGACAUGAUCAUCGAAGAGCGAAGAAGGCACGAUGAAGAAAGGAUACGCCGCGAGUUUGAAGAAGACGAAAUGGUCAUUCGACGAAGAGGAAAGGAACCACCAAUGCGCCGAGGAUGGGACAGUGAACAAGACUUUCAAACCCGCGACAGAAGAAUUGAGGAGGAGCAAGACGAAGUACGUAUUCGUUCACGACCCAGACCUCCACCUCCCCGUGAAGUGGAAGUGGAAGAGGUGAUUUUGGACGAAAGACCCCCGGAUCGAUCCCGAGGCCCCAUGGAACGCCAAGAACGAGAAUUUGAAGAUGAUGAUGUAGUCAUCCGGUGGAAAGGCAAGGGCCGGCGGCCCCCUAACCAAGGCGACGAAGAGCUCAUCUUGCGCGAACGAGAACGACGGCCGAGCCCCCCAGUGGAAGAACUCGAACGUGAGCUGAGAGAGCUUCGUAAAGCUGGCAGAAAGGAAUAUCCAGCGGAUGAUGAGAUGACAACACGCUCCACAUUUGAUUCCAAAUCGCGCCCCCGAAAUUUUGAAGAGGACGUGGAGCUAGAUGAAGAAAUUCGAAUCCGAAAGACCAAGGACAAGCUUCCUUCACGGCCUCCUUCGCCUUCCAUGGACUCAAUUCAUGUUCCUCCAAUUCACCAAGAUGUCUUCACGCAUCACAGGCACAUUGAUCAUGGCUUUGAAGGCGAACAUCCGCCCCAUGCGCCUAGUCCACGUCUCCGGGAGAAAGGCAGCUUUGACGAGAUCGAUAUUCAUCACCGGAAAAAGCGAGGUGGCCGAAUUUCCGAGGAGGAUAUAGUGAUCAAACACCGUGAAAGCGACGAAUCAAUUUCUCCAACGAGCCAUCCAUCUGUCGACUUCCAUGAUCCUUGGGAGCAUGGCACAUCCGCAUCCCGUCGAGCCGCACCAGUUGAUGAUGACGUCGCUUCGCUAGCGACCGCACGGUCAUUUAGCCGUGGUAGAAAGGCUGCAUCCAGCAUCCACGACCUGGAAGACGAUAUCGAAAUUGACAGCACCCAGACAGAAGUUCGGGCCCCCAAGGAUCCAGAUGGAUGGUCUGUGGUCCAGGCACCCACUCGGGAAGAAGCCAUCGAGAUGACAGGAGCCCUGAACGUUAUUGAAGUCAAACCGCGACGCACUUCCGUGGAGCAAGCAGAGUCCGGGCGAGUCGCACAGCAAAUCACAGAACCCAAGACCGUACGAGAUGAUCGGUGGACUGAAAUCACUAAGAAGCUGGUGGUCAGAGAAGCCAUCGAAGACAUGGGGUAUGAGUAUGAAGAGACAAGGGGUUAUUACUAUAUCUUCUCUUACCUCAAGCCGGAGGACAUCGAUGAGCUGGUUGAUUUGUCCGAUUCUAUUCGCAGUGCACGCCGCAGAAGGAUCACUGAGAUCCAUCGUGAACGUUCCUCUGUGCCGCCGCUCAUGCCUCGCAUGCGGCCGCCCCAUAUGGGUCAUCCUCGUAUUGGUAUGCCUCCACGAGCCCGUAUGAUGGAGAAGCGUAUGCGUGAGCUGAGAGAUCGGGAUUGGGUACUUGAUUCCAGGAGCUGCUUGAUCACUCUUCAUCUGCCUUUCAUCUUCCUCCCUGAACAUUCAGUACCUGUUCUCCACUUUUACUGGUGCUUAAACCAAACCCACAGCAAGAUGUCAAGCGCAGAACCCGAUGAUUUACUUAAAGAUCUCUCGCAGAGCAGCGACAAAGGCCUAGGCCUGCGUCGUUCAGCCACUGUCAUACGCGUGAAUGAUGAACGCUUCAAUAUCCCCUCUCACCCACGAAAGCUCCUUCUCCGCCGGCUCAAAGAGGCAUUGAAAGGCGAAAAGGUCACAGUACCAUUCUGGGCAUGCGUCCAAGUCUGUGAUAUGGCAAAACUUGAAUUCGUUGUCCAGCUGGCAAACCUCUCAAUCCCGAUGAUGGAGACCCUAACCGAUCUUGUGGCCAGCUUGCCUUACAAGUGGACCCAAAGACUGUCCCCAUACUAUCAGUUCGAAACAGAAUCAACAACCUCGACGGAUGACCCCCGAUAUGCAACUGCUCCGAUCGCAAAGGACGCUGCCAGAGAGCGUGAUGGCUACAAGUGUGUGAUCACUGGUGCUCGCAAGGUCUACCAGACCGCUCGCAUCUUCCCUGUUCUGGUCACCAAGCCUCCUUCAGAAGUCGCCCCAGCUUUCCCGGCCAUUUGGAAGUUUGUGGACUUCUUUUGGGAUCACAGCACCGGUGAACGUUGGAAAAAAGCCGUGUUCAAUAGCUCCUUUGAUCCCGAGCGCCCCGUUAGUGAUUGUACCAACCUUAUCUGUCUUCGGAAUGAUUUGCGCACCGCAUGGGCCGAUGGAUUGUUUGCACUACGCCCAGUCUCCGUGUCCGAUGACAAAACUGAAAUUGAAAUCGAAUUCCACUGGCAGCCACGCGUUGGCCAUGCAACAUCCGACAUGGUCGAUGUGACCAAAGAGCCUCGUCCCUCGAAGUAUGUCAGUAGCGUCGAGAACCUCUUUGUGGUCGUAUCUGAGCGAGGAAACUCAUUUCUUCCCAUCCAGUCCGGUUAUCGGUUCAAAAUAACCACAAACAACCCCGUGGAUCACCCGCUGCCCAGCUUUGACUUGCUCGAUAUGCAAUGGAAUUUCACUCGCAUGGUCUCCAUGUCUGCGGUCGCCGAUACCUUUGAUGACGGGGAUGAUGACGAUGACGACGAUGGCAGAACCACAGUACAGUACGACUACGACUACUCCAAGCCCCCCAACGAGGCCGCAAGGCCAACCAUCGGUGGAUGGCUCGAGAGCACUGUCUCCAAGGACUCGGGCUCGGACGGGGACGAAUCCCCUCCCGGCUCGGAGUUCUACGAAGACAUCAGCGAUACGAUGUCGAUGAUCGGUCCGAUGCCUGGUCAACCUCCGUGGCAGCGCAGAGUGAGCCAGGUGUCAGUGGACUACGUCGAGGACGUCCCCGAGGACAUUGCCCGGAUGAGCGCCCUUCCCCCAUUUGAGCCCAAGCAGCGCAGUGUGAGCAUGACUUCGGUGGGCUCUAAUUUCUCCGUGGUUGACGUGUCCAUGACCGUCGGAGGCAAGGACGGAGACGAAAAGGGAGAGCAGGGAGAUGCCGAGUGA